CUGGAUCCCAAACAGAGUGCAUCAUGAAGACUUUUAUCGUGUUCGUCGUCUGCGUUGUCUUGGCUCAGGCCCUCACAGAUGAGCAGAAGGAGAACUUGAAGAAACACAGAGCCGACUGUCUCUCCGAGACGAAAGCUGAUGAACAAUUGGUGAACAAACUGAAGACAGGCGACUUUAAGACUGAAAACGAACCAUUGAAGAAGUAUGCUCUAUGUAUGCUGAUCAAAUCACAGCUGAUGACCAAGGACGGGAAAUUCAAGAAGGACGUCGCUCUGGCUAAAGUGCCUAAUGCUGAAGACAAAUUGAAAGUAGAGAAGCUGAUUGACGCUUGCCUGGCCAACAAAGGCAACAGCCCUCACCAAACAGCCUGGAAUUAUGUGAAAUGCUACCACGAGAAAGACCCGAAGCACGCUCUUUUCUUGUAAACACAUAAUCCAACCCAACCGUUCCAUACCUCAUUAGUGUUAAAUAGCUCGGACGUGUUUAUCUAGACGAUAUCAUGAUUAUAUCGGAGAAUAUUGCAAUCUUGUAUGGUGUUAUUAUUCUAACUUUAAUCUAUAUCUGUUCGAUAAAUUUUGUUUAGUUGUUGUAACAUAUUCGAUCGAGAACCAAAAUUUAAUUUUCUUCUGUGUUCGUCAUAGCUUUGUUUAUCUCGUUUGAUGUUUCUUGGUGAUUUCUUUCAUCUCAUACAAAGAUAAGCAGCUAGCAGCAGAAUUUACAGGGUUUUGUUAGUACAAUAAGUAACGUGUGAAUAAUAUGCUUAAGUGAGAGCAACGUUUACUUUUUUGGCGAAUUUAAUAUUUUUAGUACAACAAUAAAGAGCAAUAGUACUGGA